AAGCUGUUAGCAAGCCCCGCCCCCUCCAGUGAUAACGUAGUUACUGCGAGGAAUUACUUUUCCCAGCUGUCCAUCUCUUUCGUCACCCGCUGUUUCUCCGGUGCGUCGCCGAUGUCGAGAGUGGUCGCAGCACCCCGGCACAAAAUGGGGAUUUGAACCGAGCAGCGAGCUGCUGCCAGUUAGAGGAGAUCAUGCAACUGAAGCUAUGGCGAGCUUUCCUCCUCACGGCCGUCCUGUGCCAACCGGGAGUCUCCGACAAAUAUGGUUGUUUAUUUGAGAGAAGAUUGUGCACAAGGGAACAGUUCUGCUCAGAUGAUGGGCUGUUUGGUCAGUGUCGUAUCUCCAAGCAGGAUCAGGUCCAGUACCAGGUAUCAGUUCCUGUUCUGAAGCGGAUGCAAGAAGUCCUCAAGCAGCUCAUGCUACAAGGUCUUUCCUGGCAAGAUGACAUCACCCAGUACAUUGUGUCCAAGGAGCUUAAACGAGUUCCCCACACCACCCGCCCCUCCAAGCCCAAUUCCUCCUCUUCAUCCUCCACUUCCUUACAGUUCAAACAACCAAACCACCACCACAGUUCGAAGUCAGGACCCUCGCCUCCUGCAGACAGCUAUCUGGACUACAUGAUCGUUGAGCCUCCUCAAUCCCCGCUACACAUGCAGACUGCCUCCAUGGACCCAUACGCAUACCACCAGCACAGGUACCAAGAUGAGGCGGAGAGGUCCCUUCACCCUGUUGGAGGAGGACUUGGUUAUGCCCGCCCAGCCUCACGGUCCCAGGCCAAUAAGAGAGAGCGUGAACGUGACAGACAGCUGCUGCAGGAAGCCGUGUCUCUCUACCUGGCAUCUUCACAGCCCUCUUAUCGACACAGGGUGCCAGCUCCUAUGACUCCUGCAGCUAUCCCUUAUUAUGAGGAUUUGGAUCUGGGGUUGCCUGUGGACUAUGUGGGAGACUACGCCAUAGAGAGCAGACUUGGUACCACAGCCAGACAGCAGUCACUGCAGAAUAAGAAGGCUCCUCAGGACUACAGCUCCCUUUCUGGACUCAAUGACGGUUUGCUUCAGAGGAUGUCUGGAGUGUUGGAGAGGUACGGCGUGGACCCCAGAGAACUCAGUCCACCAGAGCUUUACAAGCUGGCUCUCAUCCUGCAAAUGACACAGACUGAGGAAAAUACAGGCCCAUAUGAGAAAGAUCUCGUCACUCUCAAGGAAACCCAGAUGUUGAAAACAGACCGAGUGUCUGGUAAGCCAGAGAAGACUGCCCCCAGCACUCUCCCUGUCCCCUCCUCUGCCCCGGCCACAGCACCAUCUCCUCCCAAAACCUCUAGCCUACCUACAUCUGCCCCCCAGCCUCCGCAGGCCACCCCUGCAGAGGCUGGUGAAGGCUUGAAGGACCAAGGGCUGCCGCCAGAUGAAGGUAUUGGAGCCAAAGAGGAGUACGGCUACAUAGUCACAAACCAGAGUCAAUUGACUCUGUAUGAUGGAGUGAAGCUGUUGGAACUACUGGCUGAUAAAAUACACCUGACCACCAGUAGCUUCAUCAACAUUAGCGUGGUAGGUCCUGCUCUGACAUUCCGUAUCCGCCUGAAUGAACAGAAUAUGACUGCAGCAGAGGUGGCUGCUAAAGCUGUAUCUGAGAAGACCUUCCUGGAGUCAGAGACAGGCCUGAAGAUUGUGCAGACCGGUGUCGGAGAGAGGACCGAUCUAAGGGGUCUCCCUCAGGUCACCAGAGUCUCUCAGGGGUCCAGCGGGACUGUUAUCACCCUUGUUUCCAUGGCAGUUGUAGGAGGACUGCUGGUAUUGGCUAUGGCCAUCGCCUGCCUCAGGCACCAGGCUCAGCAGCUGGCCAAUGGCAAGCUUGGUCUGGGGCCGGAGGGAGGGGCAGAGACGCACUUUGACUACCAGGAGCUGUGUCGGCAGCACAUGGCAUCCAAAUCAUCCCUGUCCCGUCAGGACUGCGUUGGGGGCGCUAUGGUGGGCUCAGCAAUAGCAGCGGGUGCCGGCGGUCGAAGGGGGACAGACACAUCCCGUGUCAGCAGCGUUUCCUCCCAGUUCAGCGAUGGUCCCCAGCAUAGCCCCUCCUCCACCCACAGCUCCACCCCUUCCUGGAGCGAAGAGCCCGCCCAGUCUAAUAUGGACAUAUCAACUGGUCACAUGAUACUGGCGUACAUGGAGGAUCACCUGCGCAAUAAGGACCGGCUGCAAAAAGAGUGGGAAGCACUGUGCUCCUACCAGGCUGAUCCCAGUUCAGUGGCUGUGGCUCAGAGCCAGAGCAACAUGGAUAAAAACAGACACGCCGAAUCUCUACCCUAUGAUCACUCUCGAGUAAAGCUGAAGACAGAACUAAACCCCAGAAAGGAAGACUACAUAAACGCAAGCAUCAUAAUUGAUCAUGACCCUCGCCUGCCAGCUUACAUCGCUACCCAGGGACCCUUACCUCAUACUAUUGCUGAUUUCUGGCAGAUGGUGUGGGAGAAUGGCUGCACAGUGAUUGUGAUGAUGACCGCUCUGGUGGAAGAUGGAGACAAGCAGUGUGAACGCUACUGGCCCGACGAGGGUUCCUCCCUCUACCACAUCUAUGAGGUUAACCUGGUGUCAGAGCACAUCUGGUGUAAGGACUUCCUGGUGCGUAGCUUCUACCUGAAGAAUGUCCAAACCCAGGAGACCAGAACCUUAACUCAGUUCCACCUGCUCAGCUGGCCUGCAGACGGUAUCCCAACCUCCACGCGGCCCCUGCUUGACUUCCGCCGGAAGGUGAAUAAGUGCUACAGAGGUCGUUCCUGCCCCAUCAUUGUUCAUUGCAGUGAUGGAACAAGCAGGACUGGCUCAUACAUCCUGAUUGACAUGGUGCUAAACCGUAUGGCUAAGGGGGUGAAGGAGAUUGAUAUUGCAGCCACUCUGGAACACAUCAGAGACCAAAGACCCGGCCUGGUCCGCACCAAGGACCAGUUUGAGUUUGCAUUAACAGCGGUGGCUGAGGAGGUAAAUGCCAUCCUGAAGGCCCUGCCACAGUGAGCUGUGAUGCUUGAGGGGACACACACACACACACACACACACACACAAACUCAUGAAACAUGUCUGUGAGGCCAUUCAUAUAAAUAGUAAUUAGUUCUGCACAACACGGGAACAGAACAAAUUGAACAUUCACUGCUGCUCCUUUUUUAGUCCCACAGAGAUUUCCAUCUUCCUCAUCUCAAAGUUUUACAGGAUUUUUUUUGGAGCGUUUUAGUUUUAUCCAAGUCAUCUAAUAACUUUUACGGCAGGUUGGAUGUAGCAACAGAAAAGAUGGAUUUCUUUUUAUUUGUGGCACAAAUCGUAUCUUAUUUGAAAAAAAGAAAUACGCCGGGUUCCUACCCUCAAUCAUUUUUCUUGUUUUAACAACCAUAUUUUCAACUCAGUACUGCAGAGAAUAAACAUGUAUUCUGUGACCUCUCUGAAUCCAGCCAGUGUCUAGCGAUCAACACAAACGUUAUUUUUGUAAGCCUGCACUAACUGCCCCUGUUAAGAGUAAGAGAUUAAGAUAUACUUUAUUAAUUCCCGUGGGGAAAUUCAUCCUCUGCAUUUAACCCAUCCCAACACACACUGUAGCUAGGAGCAGUGGGCCGCCGCCGUGCAACACCCGGGGACCAACUCCAGUUCUCCUUUCCAUUGCCUUGCUCAGGGGCACAGACAGGAGAAUUAACCCUAACAUGCAUGUCUUUUGAUGGUGGGAGGAAACCGGAGCACCUAGAGGAAACCCACACAGACAUGGUCAGAACAUGCAGACUCCACACAGAAAGGACUUGGGAUGGCCUGGGGUUCGAACCCAGGACCUUCUUGCUGUGAGACAACAGUGCUAACCACUGGGCCACUGUGCUGCUCCCUUUUAUCAGAAGGGACAUCAUAAAAGACAGAUUUAGACUGACAUUGGCUAAUGGGCAUUUUUUAGAUAUUACACCUGAAAUUGUUUCCAGAGAUAUGUCUAAAGUCAUGGACAUAAGCAAUAGUGCAGUGUCCUGCAAAUGACUGAGAGAGGAAGAGGAUUCAUGCAGCUAUUGUGACAGACAUUCCAACUUUCCGUUUCUUUCAUGCGCCUACCACUUCAAAUAAUAUUUAAUUACGUGUGUACAUUUCCAAAUGUUGUAUGCCAUAUGAAAAAAGAUAACCAUAAUACACAGUGAAGUUUACAUCCAGUCUAAUUUUGUGUAUGGUGGUGUUGUGUGGCCAUUAAUGAGCCACAGCAUACCCUCCUCCUUUGUUUUUGACAUGAGGCAGACUCCCGUUUGGGAGAAUUGUCUUGCACUUGACAACUUGAUUGUCUGCUUUGGUGUCAAUCUUAUUUGGCCUACACUGUACAGGGAAGACAUACUGUAGUGCACACCUUACUUACUCUUGCUGUUUUGCUUACGCACAUGCAUGCACACAUGCACACACACACACACACAAGUUCUGUCUUUUGGUGUCUUACUAAGUGCAAAAUUGUGAUCCAUGUAAAUAAUUCACCCUGAUGACCGUGUGUUUAUUUCAUGUGGCAGACCCGUAGAAAACAAUAAAAAUGUAUUUUUGACUUGACCUGAAUAAAUUUGUGAUGUGACG